ACGAAAUAUUAAAAUUAUCAGCUUACCCUCUCUAAUGCUAACUCGCUUCAAGCAUAUUGCACAACGAUGGACAUAUCCAUCAGUUGACCUGCUAUAGCUUUUUAAAGCCAUGACACCACCACACAAAUAAGUUCGCUCCUUCCGGAGCAACCUUAAAUCCAGGCAAUACUGGAAAACACCGUCCUCUUCGAAUUGCAACCGUAACCUUGUUAGGGCAACAUUUGAAAUGAAUCAAGCGCUAUACAACAUUGAACUAACGUUUGUGAAUCUCAUUGGACCAUUUGACGUCGUUCGCUGAUUGGUACUUAGUGGUGUUUAAAGUUUAACUUGGCCCGAGUGGAUAAGAGGAUGAAGUAACCUCCGGAAAGAACGAGACACGUUCAGGCUCACCAGAAAAGAGUUAAUAAACUCAUGUAAAAUUCUAAAAGCUUACUUCAUACGGAAGUCGGCGGUGGAGAUGUUGUCUAGAGAGACAAUGAAAGCUUCAAAAUUAAAUUGUACGGCUCAGGAAACACGACGCAAUCAAUAUACAGUGUUACUUUUACCGAAGACAGUGUAAUUACCCUUUUCAGUUUCAAAUAUACGGGACUGAUGAACAGUCAAAUGAUAACUUUUCAUCUUAAUAAAACUCAAAUACUUUUAUACAUUCUACUCAGUGUGUAGUGCUAAUGCAUAGUCAACUGUAUGGAUAUGGUUUAAUGGAUGCUGGUAAAAUGGUUCGACUUGGUGAAUUAUGGCGUGGUGUUCCUCCACAUCAUCGAUGUACUUCAAAUGUGAUAGAUGUACAAAAGAAUUUAGGUGGGAAAUUCAAUCAUACAUUAUUUCUUAACUUUUCUGGAUGUCAACCUAAAACUCAAGACAAUGAAUCCUUGAAUAAGUUGAAUAAAUCCACUUCAGAAAAUGGUACACCUAUACGUAUUUGGAACAUAGGAUUAUUACGACUAUCUGUAAUAUCUCCAAGUGGUACACUGAGUGUUCUUUUACCGCCUCGAAUACAUGAUGAACAUUCAGGCAAUAUAGCUAUGCUACGUUGGCCGGUGACUACAGUACAAUUUUGGGGUGAAAGUGCUAUCGGUACAUGGCAAAUACGAUUGGAUAGUAUUUUAGGCACUGAAAUUAGUCGUGUUGAUCCAGAUAAUAUUAAAGGAUUUUGGCGAUCUGUUUGGAUUGUUGCCUAUGGUACUGAUGAGUUUCCUAUACGUCUUAAACCUCCAUCACCUAGUCGCCCACCACCUCCAGAAUGGUUUGAAUCUUUUGCUGAAUAUGUCGUUGAUGAUCAACACUGGCAUAAGGUGUACACAUGUCAUUCAGAAUGUGUUCCCGGUGGUUGUACAGGUCCUGCAGCUGACCAAUGCCUUUAUGGAUGUAAAACUUUUGCAACAGAAAGCAGACAAUGUGUAUCCGUUUGUCCUCCGGGGACAACAGCAUUUGGUGCCUUACGUCUUAGUAAUUCAUUGAAUAAUUAUGCCAAUGCAAACAAGAACAACAAUAAUAAUAAUAAUGGACAGAAAUCACGUGAUCGUGUCAAACCUGAAGCUAUGUUAUCAUCAUCCGGUGCACGUAUUCGCAGUAGUGCUGAAGGUUAUCCUUUGGGUGUGAAUGAUGAUCCUUUACAAAUCAAUGGUAAUAAUCAACAAGGAUUUAAAAAUGAAAUGGUCUGUCAACCAUGUUGGUCAUUAUGUUCAGCAUGUAUACGUCCACAUAUUGAAUAUGAUUGUACAGCAUGCUCAAAUCAACGCUUUCUAAUAAUAAUGGGCAAACUAACAAGAAUGGAGAUAAUAAAAAAUAAUAAUAACAACGUCUAUCUUGAAAAUGCAAAACAUUUAAAUUUCAAUUUACCUCAAGUAAUUGGUACAUGUCGAACUGAAUGUCCUGCUGGAUUUUUUGGUAAUAAAUCUACUUCAAUAUGUGAAUCAUGCGCAGAAAAUUGUGCACGUUGUGUCGGCUCAAAGUCAGAUGAAUGCCGUGAAUGUUAUCCUGGUUUCCGAUUAAUUCAUGGAAGAUGUGUUGAUAGUACAUCGGCUGAUGGUCGUUGUAAACCAGGACAAUAUUUAAAACAUUCCGAAUGUGUAAAUUGUCAUCCAUCCUGUGAUAAAGCAGGUUGUGUUACUUCAAAUCAGUGUAAUUGGUGCCCGAGUCAUUUACCGAAUUAUUUCAAUGGUACUUGUACAAAAUCCUGUCCAGAAGGUUGGUAUUCUGGUGUACAGAUUCGACCUCCAUUUCAUUCAAAUAUACAAGAUCAAGUUUCUUCUGUUGUUAAACAGCCAUCAGUACAAAUGUGUGAACCUUGUUCACCUGGUUGUCAAAAGUGUAUUAAUUUUAGUUUAUGUGAGGUGUGCUUACCGUAUUUAAUGCUGCACAAUGGUACUUGUAUACUGCCGGAGGACAACACAACUAAUGUUAACAUCACGCCUACACUUGUUAAUAAAAGUAAUAGUCAAGUUAAUAGUAAACUAUUGGGUAUACCAUCAAAUCAGUGUGGUUCUGUAUCGUGUUCUACAUGUUACGGAGAUUAUUAUUUACUCGAGAUAACUCUUUUCAAUGCUCUUCAAAAUGUUGAUAUAUUCAAUGGAAAUUCGAUUAUUAUUAAUAAUAACAAUAAAAAUAAUAAGAAUAAUAAUAAUAUCUCCUCCACAACUGCAUUGUCUUCUUCCUCAUUAUCAACUUCAUCAACUUCCUCUUCACCUUCAACAACAACAACACAGCUAAAUCAAAUACAUUAUCCAGUCAACAACAUAUCAUCAGUAUACACUGACACUAGUAUAACUGAAUUGACUCCCUUGAUGUCAACAACAAAAUCUAUGCCUACAGAUACGAGUACUACUUCAACGACGAGGACACCGACGUCGACUACUACUCUUACAACUACAGACGACAAUGUAGUAAAAAGUUUCUCCUUAUUGAAGAGAACAAUGAAGAACAAAGGUGUACUUAUAUCAAGACGUUUUGUAGUACAUACUAAUAGUGUUAACAAUCAUAUUUCUAAUAGUCUUAAUUUAUCUUAUCCUAAAUUUAUUUGUGUACAUAUUUGUCCUACGGGAUAUUAUGUAAAAAGGAUAUCAGUUGGUGAAAAUGAAAUCACGAUGUGCUCUAAAUGCCCUCCAUCGUGUUCCAGUUGUACAGAUAUAUCACACUGUAAUGCAUGUCAAACAGGCUUUUAUUUAGACAAAAAAUCUAAUCAUUGUCUAUUGCGUACUGUAUGUCGUUUCUCUGAAUACUUUGAUGAAGAUAAAGGCAUAUGUCGUCCAUGUGAUCCCAAUUGUCGAACUUGCUCUGGUCCUCGUUCAUACCAAUGUACUAGUUGUAAUCGAAAGCCACCAGUUCCUCGAUGUUUAUUAACAAAUCAACGUGUUUCAAAAUUGCAUAGAACUUCUAAAGACUUAGCUAUAUGGCCACCUGAUCAGUUGAGUGUAGAACCAAAUUCUGGACAAUGUCUUGUAUGCUGUCCUUAUCGAUUAGCCUUAACUAGUCGUGAUCCUAGACAAUGCAUGUUCUGUGUUGCUGAUAAAUUGGUUUGUCUCAGUGGAGAUGAAAUCGGUGCUGGAGAAAGUGGUUAUAUUCUGGAAGAAGUGAAUAAAAAACAUCAAUCCUUAUGGGAAUUAUUUACAAAAGAACCAUCUCGUCUAGUCUUAUUUAUUAUAUGCCUUAUUAUAAUUACAGUAUUGUUAAUAUUUAUUCUAGUACAUUUUAUUCUAUCACGUCGUCGGUAUCGACAUUAUUACCAUCAACAUUGUCCUACUGCUGCCGCUGCUGCAAGUGUUUAUUGUCCCUGUUGUAGACGACAUGUUAGUGUUCCUGGAAGUGGUGGUAAUGAUGAAUCAGAGGGGAAAAGAAGUAAACAAAUUGUAACAUCUGUGACAAAGAAGCGUAAAGCUAGACAGUUAGCUCAUUUAAAUAACAAUAAUAAUAGUAAUAAUAAUCGUCGUCAUAAUCGACACCCUACCAAUCCUCCAAAUGGUGGAAACACUGAACACGGUGGCGGUGGUGGUGAUGACGAGGAUGAUUAUGAUUACGACGUGGAUGAUAUCCGCGCGGAACAAAUCUCAUUGAGGUCAAAAAUGAAUAAUAAAGACAAUAAUAUAUCAUUUAUUGACAAAUUCAUCACUGAUAGAGGGGAGUUAAACAAUGAUUCUGCUAUUGCUACCACUGAUAUGACGCCUACUAUUACGACAACUGGGAUUAAUACUACGACAUCUAGUGACAAUAAUAAUAAUAGUAAUAAUAAUAAUUCAUAUACUCCAUAUUAUAAAUCAUCAAUUUGUUCAUCAAAUGGUAAUUUACACAGUGGACGUGUACAUCGGUUAAGCACAGAGGAAACAAUCAAUUCACAUAUCCCUCCACCUUGUAUUAUAAUUAGCUCAACACCUCAAUCAAUAGCUACAGCUAUUCCGCUGAACAGUACAAAUCCACAUCAUCAUCAAUAUAUACGAUAUAAUCAGUUAAGUAGUAAAGAUGACAACAAUGGCGAGAAACUUAUUUCUGAUACGACAACUGAAUCAUCACUGUCAACAACCGAGGCGGUAAACACCUAAUCAUCAAAAGGUAUCAAAAGGCAUAUAUAGAAAGAAUACAACGGAGAAGUGACAACUAACUAGUCUUCUUUCAUUUCUUUUUUUUUGUUUUUAAUUAUUAUUGAUUUUUUAAUUACUCUGUCUUUGUCUUGUUUGUUUUUUCAGUAUGAAUGUGUGUGCGUGUGUGUGUAGAUGUGUGUUGCCUUUUACUUUAUCCUUUUCCAAAAUUUGAUCAUUUCAUUCAUUCCUACAGCACUCACUGACACAUCAUUCAUUCUCCUGAUUUUAUCGUCCUCGUCCACUUUUUUGCAGCAGUAUAUUACGCUCGCUCGCUCGCUCGCGCGCACACGCACACACACACACCUACUAGAUCUCAGUAGGGUUAUGUAAAAAUAAAUAAAUAAAUGAAACACAUAGAGAAAUGAAAAUCCUACUGCACAUAAUAUGCCUCCUACAACAACAAAAAUAUGCAUAUACAAUCAUCAAAAUACUUUUACAAACUUAAGCAACCAAAAUUAAAUUUGGCGCGGGAGCGAAUUUCGAAUUCAUUCAAACAAAAUAUAUAUAUAAACAAUAGGAGAAUAGUGAUUGACUAGAUUAUUAUUAUUAUUUUUACUGCUCAUUAAUUACCUUCCAACACUACCCUUUUUCUUGCUUCUUUCUUUUUGUUUUCUUUUCUGUUUUUUAUCUAAUUUACAUGAUAAAAAGCCUUAUUAGAAAUUGUUUAUAUGUGUGUGUUUGUAUGUAUGUAUGUGAGUUUUUAUUCUCCUCAUACAUGCAGUCAUACGUAUAUUAUAUAUAUAAACAUGCUUAAUGAAUAAUCCGAUUACGUACCUCAUAAAGAGAUUGAGAGAAAGAAUGAACCUUGGAAGCUUUCUCGUAUACCCUUUUAUGUACGUGUAUAAGUAAGUGAUCAGUUUAUAUUUUUUGAAAGUAGGCAGAUAAGCCUUUCUCGAUGAUGAUAAUAAUAAUUAUUAUUAUUAUCAUCAGUACCAACAACUCAGAAAUAAUAAUAAUCUGUGAUGAGAUAUUGAACAAAGUGUUGUUUGUAUUCCUCUAUUUUCUUUUUUCUUUUUUGUUUUCCUGAGCAAUUCACAGCUGUUUACUUUUAUUUGAUCUUUUGACAACAAUGAUCUCCAUCUUGUUUUUUGGUUUUAAAAAAAUGAUUUCGAUGUGUGUGUGUAUGUGUGUACAUGUGAACAGUUUAAUCCCUUUCUUUUAUUUGUUUUUAAUUUUUGUUUUUUUUUGAUUUAAUUCACUAACUAACUAACUGUCAGUACACACACUAUACGUUGAUCUCAAUCAGCUGUUUUGUGAUCAGUUAUGUUUCCUUUUUAAAACUUUUAAAACAAUUGUUAGUUAGUAUAUUUUUGGCGUUUUGUUGUUGUUGUUGUUGUUGUAAUUGUUGUGUAUUUUAGUCCCACCC